AUGGUCCACGGAAGAAGCGUCUCAGGGAAACUCCAAGAGACAUUCCACCAAUACGACGUACACGGGAACUCCCUAUACUCCCUGGACCGCAAGGCCCUCAACAUAGCCCUCCGUCAAGAGCUCGACGCCACCCCCAACGUCAAGAUGUUCUUCCACCACAAGCUCAUCCGAGCAGACAUGAACACCCGUAAGGUCUGGUUCGAGCAAAGAGAAGAUCCCAGCACCAGCACAUCCCCAUCCACCUCAUCAACACCAAAAGAAGUCCCCUUCGACUUCCUCAUCGGCGCCGACGGCGCUCACUCCACCACCAGACAACAAAUAAUGCGCUACACCCCCCUGGACUACCAACAACAAUACGCCGACACAGUCUGGUGCGAACUACGCAUCCCUCCCACCGAAAAAACCAACUCCUUCCGUCUACCCCCCAACUACCUCCACAUCUGGCCCGGAGGCGAAUACAUGUUCUGCGCGUUCCCCUGCCCAGACCAAUCCUUCAAUUGCAUCCUCUUCGCGCCAGCGUCCCGGCUCGACGCCCUGAAAUCCUCCCCUCCCGCCACCCUCUUCGACUUCUUUGACACCCAUUUCCCAGGCGUCUGUCCAGACCUGAUCUCCCAGUCCUCCCUCUCCCAGCAAUUCUACCAAAGCCCGCACCUCCCCCUCAUCGGCAUAAAAUGCAGCCCGCACCACCUUGGCUCAGCGGCCGUCAUCAUCGGCGAUGCCGCACACGCCAUGUUCCCGUUCUACGGACAGGGAUUGAACGCGGGGAUGGAAGAUGUGAGGAUCCUGUUUGAUUUGCUGGACGAGCAUCGCGUGUUCGGCCAUGGCAAGUCAUUGGACAAGGACCAUGCCCGCGCUGCUGCGUUAACGGAGUACUCGAACCAGCGGGUUCGCGAUGCACAUGCUAUUCAUGACCUCUCGAGGAGGAAUUAUCUUGAGUUACGCGGUGGGGUUAACUCUCCUGUUUACAAGGCGAGGAAGUUUGUUGAGGAGGCGCUGCAGAGGUAUGUGCCCCUAUUGGGGUGGAGGACGCUGUAUUCGAGGGUUAGCUUUAGUGAUCAGCGGUAUUCGGAGGUCGUGGUUAAGAAUGAGUUGCAGGGGUGGGUGUUGUUGCUUAUGUCUGGGCUGGGGGUGUUGUUGCAUGUGCUGGUGUUUGGGGCGUUGGGGGGUGCGUUUUUGGGGUUGAAGAGGUGA